AUGGAUCGUGGUCACAAUGAAGAGGUUGAGAAGGUGCCUGUCAAUGAAAUGACGUCAAAAGAUUACUACUUUGACUCAUAUGCCCACUUCGGUAUUCAUGAAGAAAUGCUGAAGGACGAAACGCGUACAGUCACCUAUCGCAAUGCUCUCCUGCACAAUAGGCAUCUGGUAAAAGAUAAGCUUGUGCUUGACGUUGGCUGCGGAACCGGUAUACUGUGCUUAUUUGCAGCUAAAGCUGGGGCUAAACAUGUGAUUGGGGUAGGCAAGAUUUUUUUCUCACUGGGCUAUAGAUCGAGUGCUCAAAUAUCAUUGAUCAUGCCCGCGAUGUUGUUAAAUCUAAUGGACUGUCUCACAAUAACUCUAAUCAAAGGCAAAGUUGAAGAUGUUUCACUUCCUGAUGGGAUUGACAAAGUAGACAUCAUAAUUAGUGAGUGGAUGGGCUACUGUCUGUUCUACGAAUCGAUGCUCAACACGGUUCUCUAUGCUCGUGAUAAAUGGCUGUCACCUGGGGGCCUUAUCAUGCCAGAUCAUGCCACUUUGUAUAUUUGCGGCAUCGAAGACAGGCAGUACAAGGACGAGAAAAUCAAUUGGUGGGAUAAUGUAUAUGGUUUCGAUAUGAGUUGCAUUCGAAAGGUUGCUUUGACGGAGCCACUAGUUGAUGUCGUGGAUCCUAACCAAGUUGUGACCAACUGUUGCCUCGUGAAGGAUGUUGACAUGUAUACCAUUCGUGUUGAGGAUCUUACAUUUUCUGCACCAUUCCAAUUAACCUGUAAGCGCAACGACUAUGUACACGCACUUGUCACAUUUUUUAACAUUGAUUUCACUUGUUGCCACAAAUACGUGGGCUUCUCUACUGGGCCGGACGAGCGGCGGUACACUCAUUGGAAGCAAACCGUAUUUUAUUUGGACUCUGGAGAAGGUGAUGAGUGUUUAACUGUGAAGAAAGGCGAAGAAAUCCGUGGCAUCUUUUCAAUCAUGCCCAACAGCCGGAACAACCGCGAUCUAGACAUCUCCAUCAAGUUGAACUUCAACGGUGAGCUCUCCACCGCUGAUUCAAAAUUCAAUUACCGGAUGCGCUAG